AAGUCGACCUUCCGGAGAGUACCGGCCCGGACUUCAAACACGCUAAUCAGAAGCAUAAUGGACCUCCGAUCUCGUGGAAUGAGAGAGAAAAAAGGCGGGCAUAACAAAAACACCCCCAAAAUAAAAAUAAAAAAUUAAUAAUAAAUAAGCAAAAGGAAAAAAAAAUUAGGGUUGGGGGUGCGCACUACACUACCCGCGUACGCUAGUACUGAUCACCUUUAUUUCUGGGACCUUCGGUUUCCGUCCUCUAUAUCCCCCGUUAUCUCCUUUUCUUGACGCCCAAUUCGUUCUCCUUCGUUUCGCACAGAUCUGAGAUUGCUUCGUUUUCUCCAGUUAGUAUUGAUUCGUCUCGCCACGAUCGGUCGCCUAAAUCGCAGAAUUUCGCCGAAUUUCGUCGAUUUCGGCCUUAUUUUCAGGUUUUUGCGUUGAAGUGGUUUUUAAUCCGAAAAAGCAAUGCGGGGAUACGAUCGAGAUGAACUGCAUCCACAAAUGGAAGAUGAGUACGAAGAUUACGAUGAUUCUGGAUACGGACAUGAGGAAGAAGUUGACGAGGAGGAGGAAGAAGAGGAAUAUGAAGAAGAAGAUCCGAAACUUACCAAAGAGCAGUUGGAGUAUCUUGCGUACAGACAACGUGUAAAAGAACGAAUCAGAAAGCAGAGGAAGAAAGAAGGCGGUUCUGGUUCCAACAAUUCUAAUGGCGACAGGAAAAAGCUUCCGUAUGAUAAUUAUGGAUCCUUUUUCGGCCCAUCCCAACCAGUUAUUGCUUCAAGAGUAAUUCAAGAGAGCAAGUCACUAUUGGAAAAUCAACAUUUGACGCCUCAACUUUCCAAUGCCCUUCAUCCUCAGACCAAAAAGAGCUCAAGUUCGUCCUCUGCAAGCUCAAAACCUGGAGUACAGGGUCAGAAACCGAAAGUUGUAAAUGAGGUUAAAACUAAAGUCCAGAAACUAAAAGAUACAAGAGACUAUUCUUUUUUAUUGUCUGAUGAUGCAGAGCUUCCAGCUCCCGCAAAGGUGCCCCCACAGAGAAAUGUGUCCGCUCCAAAUUCUGAUGCGCGACCUGCUCAACUGCCAAUGAAAAGUAAACAAGCAUUGGGAAAUAAUGGAAGACAUUCUCAGGGUAGUCAUCCAGAAAGGAAGUCAGUUCCUAUGAAUGGACAUGUGCAUUCUAAAGUAGGCUCGAAUAAAUUACCUUCAGCAAGUAAGCCCAGUUCGGCACCAAUGGAUUCUAGAAGACAGCAUAGUAGCAGCAACGGGACUGGGCCUGGUCGGCCUCUAGUGACUAAAAGUUUGCCCUCAAGGAGUCCUGCUCCUGUGGGUAAGAAGGUUGCCACACCAGCUGCAAAGAGCUCCAUCCCAAGUACUAAGAGUUCCUUCCCAAGUACUAAGAGUUCCAUUCCAAGUACUAAGAGUAGUAUGCAGAAGCCCCUUUCUUCAAAGUUGCAGCCCUCUAUUUCUAGGCAGCAGCAGUUUGGACAGAGAAGGGAAUUACAGGCACCUGCUAAGGCUAAAUUGUUGCCUAAACAGCCAACUGGAUUGUCAAGACCUCAGAUAAACAAGCCACAAAGACAAAUGUCAUCCCACCUUUCAUCUCAAGACAACCGCCCCAAGAAAAAGCCUGCGAGACGGUACUCUGAUGACGAGGGUGAUGAUGAUGAACAGGCCAUUAGUAUGAUCAGACAAAUGUUCGGGUACAAUCCCAAUAAAUUUGCUGAUCGCGAUGAUGAUCUUAGCGACAUGGAGGCCAACUUUGAGGAUAUUAUGAGAGAAGAGAAAAGAAGUUCGAUAAUUGCGAGAAGAGAAGAUGAAGAACAGCAACGUUUGAUAGAGGAAGAAGAAAGAAGAGAGAAGGAGGCUAAGAUGAGAAGAUUAAAGAAGCGAAAGCUGGGGCAUUAGAACUAUUAUUAUCUGAGUCUUUAGGAAGUAUACAUUUUCUCAUUGUUAUUUAAGCUCGACCAAGUUGUACACAAUCAAAUUUCUUUUUUCUUUUUUUUUUUCCUUUGGAGGUGGAGGGGUCAAAAUAUUGAGUUAAUUAUUCUCUAGUUUAGGAAGCUGUUGCUGGUACCAAUUGUACUUAGUGGGUAGUAAUAACAUGAGAGAGGUGAUUUUUUUGAGUUGCAUCUUGUUAUUGCCACUCGUAGCCAAGUAAAUAACAAGUUCCAUCCAUAGCUCAUUCUUGGACGCU